AUGACCACCAGCACCAGCACUUAUGGCUCGAGCGAUCCGGCAUCAAGAACUACAAACUACGAGGGACGACAGUGUGUUCCAUGCAGCUAUGUGAGAGCAUCGAGCACCCUCAGAAAACGACUCGUGGCUUGCUGUGAUGGGACAUUCUGCUCUUCAGACAAGGGCAAAGAGAACUAUGCGACCAACAUCACUCGACUUUGCCGAAUUAUCGCCAACACUGGUUUGGAUGAGAACAAGCAGCCAAUUACACAGCUGGUCAAUUAUCAAUCUGGCGUUGGAACUGGCUGGCUCACGCCUUUGAACAGAGAUUUGCAAGCCUUGGGUGAUGGCCUCACCGAGAAAGUAUGUGAGCAGUACAACUAUCUUGUCAACAAUUAUGGUCCUGGGGACGAGAUAUUCAUUUUCGGCUUCUCAAGAGGUUCAUACACGGCUCGUGCUCUAGCCAGCUUUAUCUGUCAGAUAGGCCUGCUGAACCCAGGCAUGAUUAACUACUUUGCCGAGAUUUUCAACGCCUACAAGCGUCGAGAUCGCAAGACCGAAAAGGACUUCAAGCAUAUGAGGUGGGCUCAGGAAUACGUGAGACCUGGUGAGCUAGGGUUCGACAGUGAUUGCCGCGAGAGGUGGACCCGAUAUGAGUGGAUUAGAGAAUGGGCACACUAUCACGUCGAGGUGAAGGUUGUUGGCGUCUUCGACACGGUGGGAAGUAUCGGCAUGUCAGGCUAUGUACGCCAGCCUGGGGAGGAUGUCUCCUUUCAUCAGAGCAGGCUGCAUCCUAAGAUUCGCCACGCGUUCCAUGCUCUAGCCUUGGACGAGUCGCGAGGCAACUUUCCACCUACUAUGUUCUAUCUGGAUCAAGAAUGUAUCAAAGCUGGCGUCAAACUUCGGCAAUGUUGGUUUCCAGGUUAUCAUGGCUGUGUCGGCGGCAUGAGCAGAGCGCAAGACGACCGCAACAGCGUGGACGAAAUUGCGCUGGCCUGGAUGAUCGACCAGUUGACUAAGGAAAACCUCUUGCAAAUCAACAAGCGAGCACUGGAGUAUCCGAUCCUAAAUCGUCUCGCCACCAACAUCAGGCCUAACGACUCCAAGAGCCCAGCGCCACGAACACCUCAAGAAGCCAAUGAACGGCGCAUCGACUGGUCCGACGGCAAAUUGAUCGAUACGCAGAAGCUGGGUUGGCAUCUAGCAUCAGAAAUAGCCACUCAACGAUGGGACUACGUCCGCCAACCUGGCCAGUAUUACGCCACGGAGAAAGUCAACGGCAAAACGUACAGUCUCGACUACACCUACUUCGACGAGAUGAUCCACCCAUGUGUCUACCAUCGCAUCAAAAACCGCGACUACGAGCCUCGCAGUAUGCCAUCGGAUCGAUGGAGCAGACACCGAAAAUCAAACGGCCGCGGUCACGAAUGGGUCAAAUAUGAUCGAAACGGCAAACCAGUCGUCCGGAUUCCAGAAUACGUUAUUCCGCAUAUCGACGUGCCCGAUUAUGGCAUGCAACAUUGGACGUCGUGUCUGGAGGCUAGGAUUGCUCCUGGGGAUUAUUUGUAUAAGCUAGACCAGGCGAAUGGUGUUGUUCGUGGUAGCAGCAAGCGACCUAGACCUGUUACGCAUGAUUCUGGGUAUGGAGGGGGUUCUGAUGAGUAUCUGUCUGUCGAGACUCUGAAGAUCACGACCACUGAUCGGCCAUCUUCGAGAGGUUUUGCGAGGGAGUACUAUGAAGGUGGUUGA